CUGGCAGUGUGAGUUGCGAUAUCGUAGUAUUGCGCCCUCUCGUGGUCAUCGUAGUUUUUCGCUCAAGUUACACAAUUGUUCAGUCACGCCAAGUUUAAGUCCAUUUUUGUGCCCAUUUUUCCAUCUUUUUGAGACCACUCUAUUCCGAUAGCCUUACACCAGAAGACCACUGGUUGAUGAUUUCAGUAUUCCAGACCCAUAGGAAGUUUGAGGAUACUUCAUCUUUUGGAGAGCACAGUUCUUUUUACCUCAUGUGGUCCACCCACGACACAGGAAUGAGAAUAAAGCAGUCAAAGUUCACAAAUCCUGUAUUAGUCAGAGGUUAACUUGUCGGAGAGAGGGCGCCCUCGGCGCUCCAUGUUCGUCAUAGUAAAAAGAACUAUUCAAGAUGAUCGAAGUACUUGACUCAGACGACGCAAACAGUGCCAGUUCUCAACGAACACGGGCAUCACACAAAACCAGCAGAAGUUCCCUGAAGUCAAACAUGAGCUCAGCAGCCAUUCUGGCUCGUGCUAAAGCCAAGUCCUUAAAAGCAAAGGUGGAAUUCACCCAGAAAGAGGCAGGUCUUCGUCGGCAAGAACAAGACGUCGCCAAUGCUCUUCUUCUAUUGAGUGCAGAAAAGGAGUAUGCAAUGGCAGAAGCAGAAGCAGAAUUUUUAGAGUCAGUCGCCUUGAAGGAAGGUUCGGCCAGUAUCCAAGAAGAUUUGCAGUUGCCAGUCGUUGACUCCGCUGUCCGCACCAGCGACUAUAUAUCCCACCACUUUAAGGAACCUGAGACAGAGUUGCCUGAAAAAGAAAAACCAGCAAUCAAGAUCGAAGAAAAGUCCCCACCAGAAGUUCAGCCUGUGAUACGAGACAAAAAGGAUGAUGCUGAAACCAAGCCUGCACUGCCGUCACAGUCUAUCCCCAAAGAUGGCAAGCUACCGGAACCCCCUAGCCCACCCAUCAAGGAGAGUCUCAACUCCAUCAGUAACAUGUUGGUGAAGAAAGAGCUGGUAAAGAGUGGAAUCAGAAAAUUCAAAGGCAGUGCGGGCAACUACCGGGCCUGGAAGUGCAGCUUCCAACAAGCAACGAAGGACCUGGAGCUUAAACCAUAUGAGGAGUUAAACCUGGUCCUGGGUUCCCUUGAGGGUGAGACAGAAAUGUUCGUCCAAAGGAUCUAUUCCAUUCACAUUGACAGACCAGAAGAGGGCCUCAAGCGAACCUGGGAGUAUCUGGAGCAAAAACAUGGCUCCCCAGAGGCAGUGGAACGAGAUCUCACAGGCCGACUAGAGCAGUUCCAAAAGAUCUCGCCAAAGGGCAGCACCAAGAUGGAAGAGUUCGGAUAUCUUCUCCUUGAGGUCCAAUACCUGAAGGAGUCGGAGAAGUUUCCAGGGUUGCUGGCGUUGGAUUCCUCGAGAGGAUUGCAGCCCCUAGUGCAGAAAUUGCCAGAGUGGCUUCAGAACAAGUGGCGAGAGAAGGGGUCAGAAUACAAGAAGAAGCAUGCAGUCCUCUUCCCGCCUUUUGAGGAAUUUGUAAAGUUCAUCCAGCACCAUGCCAGAGUGCAAAGCGACCCGAGCUUCCAGUUUACUGAUGCUGUCAAGAGUGCAGCUGAACGCUCUUCGUCAAGGCCUUCUUUCACUGUAAGAAAGACUGGGGUGGAGGAAGGGUCUGCAGCAAAGGAGACAUCCCGUUGCCCGGUACACAACACAGCACACAAGCUGCAGGAUUGCCGGGUCUUCCGUCAGAAAUCCAUAGAUGAGAAGAUAUCAUUUGUGAAAGAGAAUCGCCUGUGUUUCCGAUGUUUGAGGGCCAACCACAUCAUUAAGAACUGUAAGACCCCAGUGAGAUGCGACAUCUGUGGCAAGUCCCAUGUCACAGUCAUGCACAGGCCUGCACCCAGUCAAGAAGUUCCACCAGCGUCAAAUCAGACACCCCCUACCAUGAAGUAUGACAACCGGCCCCAGAUAAUCGUCACACCUAAAUGCACCAGAGUAUGUGGCAACGGUAAAGAAGGCCGGUCAUGCGCCAAAAUUUGUUUGGCAAAAGCCUACCUGGAAGAAAAGCCGGACCAUGUUAUCACCACAUACGUCAUCAUCGACGACCAGAGUGAUGGUUCCCUCAUCAACGAAAAUCUUCUUGAGAGAUUAGGAGUCGAACAGAAUAAGUCAACGUAUGCUGUCAAGACGGUUAAUGGCCUCCAGGAAGUCCAUGGUAGAAAACUUUCUGGCCUAGUCAUCGAGAGCAUGGACGGCACAGUUUCCGCUCCAACGCCUACACUGUUCGAGUGCAACAACAUUCCUGGAGAUGUGGCGGAGAUACCCACACCGGAGGUGGCAGCAGCCUUUGAUCACCUAAAGCCAAUUGCCCCGAUGAUACCACCCCUGAACAAAGAUGCCGAAAUAGCAGUGCUACUUGGCAGAGAUGCUCCGCAGUUCCACAAAGUGAGAGAGGUGAUCAACGGCAAAGAUGACCAGCCAUGGGCACACCGUCUCGAUCUAGGCUGGGUCGUUGUCGGCGAGGUUUGUUUGAACGGUGCCCACAUCCGGACAGACAUCUCCUACCUGCAGCAAGACGUAAUCAGCACCUACUUUACGCAGGUCUUGAGAAACGGUCGCCAUUCCGCCCAAUUCCAGCCAUGUGACAAGGCAGUGAAGGUCUUUCAUACCAGGCCUAAAGCAGCUGAAUUGGGGGAAGAAGUGUUCAUCAGCACUAGUGCUGAUGAACGUCUUGGGCCAUCCUCCGACGACAGAGAGUUCAUGGAGCUGAUCGCUGGCAAGAUGAAAAAAGAUCAAGAUGGGAACUGGUGCGCACCUUUGCCCCUCAGAAAAAAUAGAAGAAGACUGCCAAACAACAAGACCCAAGCGGUAUCCAGGAUGAAAGCCCUGGCCAGCUCCCUGGCUAAGGAUGAAAAGAAAAGGCAGCACUACAUCGAGUUCAUGAGAAAGAUUCUGGAGAAGGGACUUGCUAAGCAGGUUCUGGAUGAGGCGAUUAGUGCUAGUGAAGAAGUUUGGUACCUCCCACACUUCGGAGUAUACCACCCCCAGAAGCCUGACAAGCUGAGGGUGGUGUUCGACUCAAGUGCCAUCUUCUCAGGCAUUUCCCUGAAUGAUGUCUUGUUAAGUGGACCUGAUCUGAUGAACCAGCUCCUGGGCGUCCUGAUCAGGUUCCGAGAGGAGCCAGUUGCAGUCACCGCAGACAUCGAGCAGAUGUUUUAUGCUUUCAGAGUCCGAGAAGACCACACAAGAUUCCUACGUUUCCUGUGGUAUGAGGACAACAACCCGAAUGCAGCCAUUGUCACUUACUGCAUGACAGUGCAUGUCUUUGGCAACAAGCCAUCCCCAGCUGUGGCCAUCAGUGGCUUAAGAAAGACCGCUGAAGAAGGUGAAGCAGAGUUUGGCACCGAUGUGAGGGAGCUGAUAGAAAGAAAUUUCUACAUGGAUGACCUUCUGAAGUCUUUUCCAACCAAGGAAGAGGCAGUCGACGUGCUGAAGAGAACGAAGGAUCUCCUGUCCACUGCGAAUAUCCGUCUGCACAAGUUCGCUUCCAGCGAUGCUGGUGUCCUGGCAGCAUUUGAGCCUAGCGAGUUGGCCCUGAACCUGGCUGAAGCUGACCUCUCCAACAAAGAUGAAAGCACCAUACGGCGUACAUUGGGAGUAUCCUGGGAUUUAAAGGCAGACUCCUUUACUUUCCAAAUAGCAGAACCGAAUGCCAACGCAUGUACCAAGAGGACAGUGUUGUCGGAAGUCAAUGGAGUCUUUGACCCGAUUGGGUUGGCAGCACCUGUGAUCAUCAAGGGGAAGAUGCUGCUGCGAGAGAUGACUCAAGAUGGCGGUGGCUGGGAUGAUCCACUCCCAAAGGACCUGCUCCAAGACUGGGUGAUGUGGAGAAAGUCCCUGAUCGCCUUGACAGAUGUGCGAGUUCCUCGCUCAUUUGCACCAUUCUCAACCACGGAAGUAGUGAGAAGAGAACUACAUACUUUUGGUGACUCUUCAAACAAGGCCAUAGGCGCAGUCUGCUACUUGAGGACGGUUGGCAGCAACGAUGAAGUCCAUGUCCAGUUGGUGAUGGGUAAAGCAAAGCUCGCACCUAAAGCAGCCGUCACCAUCCCACGCCUUGAGCUCUGUGCAUCAGUUCUGGCCACAGAAAUGGAAGACUACGUCACCCAGGAACUACAGAUUAAAGUUGACGAAUCAAAGUUCUACACUGAUAGCAAAGUAGUCCUGGGGUACAUCACCAACAGAAAACGUCGCUUCCGCACUUAUGUGUGCAACCGAGUAAACAGGUUACUCAAAACCUCCGAGCCUGAGCAGUGGGCGUAUGUCCCAUCAGAGAGAAACCCAGCUGACCUAGCUUCGAGGUCCAUUCUGGCAGCAGAGUUAAGUGGUUCCAUGUGGAUUGCCGGACCAGAGUUCCUGAGGCUAAAGGACCUGCCCUCGAGCCACAAGCAGAGAGAGAUAGAAAUACUUCAGGAUGACCCAGAAGUGUCUCCAGAGAAGAUAAGCUGCAACAAGAUUGUCUUGACCGAUGCAUCCUUCGGCAGUGAGAGGUUCACCAGAUUCUCAAGUUGGGAUUCAGCAAUGAGAGCCACUACAAACUUGAUCCACAUUGCCAACUCAUUCAAAGCAGAAUUUGACUGCAAGGGUUGGCAUGUCUGUGAGAAGGCGAAGUCCAUCAGAGAGCGUCUCAAAGCCGAGACCGUCAUAAUAAAGAGUGUGCAGAGUGAAGCCUUUGCUACCGAGUUAGCCGAAUUCAGAACAACAGGGUACUCCGAGUCGGAGGCAGAUUGCAGAAAGCUCAACUGUCAGAGAGAGCAACACACCCAGCUGUACUACCAAAAAACAACAACUAUGUCAUAA